AUGCUCUUUGCAGGUCUCCAGAGGGAGCCCAAUGCGUGCCCUUCAGUAAGUGUUGAACACUUCGAAGAGCCUCCUCACCAAGGUCUUCCCCUGGAACCAGACUCUCCUAGGGGGCCGGGGGCCAAAUCUCAGAAUAAUUUAGAAUCUGACUAUUUGGCGAGAGGUCGGCCUUCCAGCAACAGCUCCUUUCACAGCAGCGAAGAAGAAGGGACCGAUCUCGAGGGAGACAUGCUGGAUUGCAGCGGCUCUCGGCCUCUCCUUAUGGACUCCGAAGAAGAGGAUGAAUCCUGUAAAGCUCCCCAGGCCGGGUUAGUAGAAAAAGCGAAUCUUACUCAACCAGAAACUGGCAAAGAAGAGACUAAGCCAGCCCAGGGGGGGAAAGAGAACCAGUUCCAAGCCUUUGUACAACUGACUGGAGAGGUCUCUGGCGAGCCAGAUGUCUUUGCCACGGCCCCUUUCAGGAGCGCAAGGCCCCUGUACGAUGGCACGGAUGUUUUCACCAAAGCCCCGUUUGUCACCAAGGGCCACAUGGCUCCUCAGGUGUCUGAGGAUGCAGAUGUGUUUCUGAGAGCUCCUUUCACCAAGAAGAAAAGCGUGGAAGAGCUGGUGGGCCCUCAAGGUGCCACCAAGGAUUUACCCCCACAGGCUGCCCUCCACAGUCAAAUGGGAGAUGGCUCGCCAGUUAUUAACCCUCUGCUCUCAAACCUUGAUAGGGGGGUGCACCCCACAGUACUCUCUCCCCUCACUCAGUAUCCCAUGGUGGGAUUUCUCCACCAAUCUAACCUCCCUCUCAAUUCCCUCCAGUCAGCAGAAGGCCUAGACAACAUCCCUUCCAAGGGGACCUCUCUGGAUCCUGGAGGCCACCCUAAUGACAGAAACAAAGGUCACCCGUCCCAGAAGGAAGCUGCCUCGGGCUCGAUGGCCAGCAAACCAUUCCGCCCCCAGUCAUUGUCCAAAUAUUCCCGUCACUAUAGUCCUGAGAAUGAGCCAAGCCUGGAAGCCCAGCCCAUCGCUGCCUACAAAGUUGUUUCCCAGAGCAACAAGCAGUCAAUCUCUGGAUCCAUUUCCAUCACAUCCUUUUCCUCCAGGACUACAGAACUGCCCAGUGUUGAUCCUUUUGCUUUGGCACCUUUUCCUUCCAAAUCAAGCAAGCCGAAACCUUAA